GCCACCCCCGUGUCUGCCUCCUCGCUGGGCUGAGCCGCCGAGGUGCGCAGUGCGGCAUCAGCUGAUACUAGACGACGCUGAACUGGACUGGACUGGAGCUGACCUUACACGCUGACCUAUGCUAGCCCCCUCUCAGCCUCAAGAUGUUUUAGCAGAGAGAGAGAGAGAGAGACAUAGAGAGCAAAUCCUGACGUAAUACAAAGUUGUGGAAACUGAACCAUAAUUCACAAGGAUAAACACCAUGUGGGAAUUGGAGGAUUUCACCAAAAUUCGCAGGUGGUAUGCACUGCACCUGCUGCUCUGCGUCACCUUCUUCAUAUCAGGCGUGAUAAUAAAUGCUGCACAGUUCCUGCUCUACGUCACACUGAGACCCUUCAACAAACGCCUCUACUGCAGCAUCAACUACUACCUCAUGUAUUCCCUCAUGUCCCAAGUUUUGUUCCUUGCUGAGUGGUGGUCUGGCUCUGAUGUGAGGGUGUUCACCUCAGACGAGUCGUACAAGCACUGGGGCAAGGAACAUGCACUCAUCAUCAUGAACCACACCUUUGAAGUGGAUUGGCUUAUGGGGUGGAUCGUGGCUGACCGCAGUCAAACUCUUGGGUCUGCAAAAGUAUUUGUCAAGAAAAUGAUGCAGUACGUCCCAACUAUAGGGUGGGCCUGGCGAUUCUCUGAUGCAAUAUUUUUGAAUCGCAAAUGGGAAGAGGAUAAAACAGUUAUGGAGACACAGAUCAAAGAAUUCUUUGAUUAUCCAUACCCAGUGUGGAUGCUGCUGUUUGCUGAGGGUACAAGGUUCACUCCUGCCAAGCACAAAGCCAGCAUGGAGUUUGCCCGCAAGAGAGGCCUGCCAGAGCUGAAGAGACAUUUAAUUCCUCGCACUCGGGGUUUCAUCCAAUGUGUCCAGUCACUUAAAGGAAACUUCCCAGUCAUCUAUGACGUUACUGUGGGCUUCAACACCAAGGAGGGCGUGGCACCAACCCUACAAAACAUGCUGCGUGGAAGGAAGGUCAUGAGUGAAAUAUACAUACGGCGGAUUCCUCUCAGCGAAGUUCCAAAUGAUGAUGAAGGUGCAUCAAACUACCUGCAUGAGUUGUACAGGCAAAAGGACAAGUUACUGGACAGCUACAUGAGGACAGGGAGCUUCACCCAAGAGAAUGAUCUGCCAAAGCACGACAGCCGUCCGAUGCCGAGGAGACCGUACUCUCUCAUCAACAUGUUGUUAUGGGCAGCCUUCGUGCUCUCCCAGAUCCUCCGCUUUUAUUACAAUCUCGUCGUCAGUGGGUCCCUCUUGUCCCUCUCCUUUGCUGUCGGCAUCGUCAUCUGUGCAUACAUCGGCCUGUACAAGAUGAUAGCACUAACAAAGAUAGAGAAGGGAUCAGAGUAUGGAAGCACAGACACCAAGAAGGAAGAGUAGGAUACCUAUGUGAGGGAAACAGUUUCUGCUAAGGUAAGGCAUUUCAUCUCUGAGCCUCUAGGGAUUUUUCACAUCAUUUUGUAAGCAGCGCUGUUACAAAAGUUGGUACUUGAUCGAGUUAAUAGGUUCCGUGAUGUUUAUUUUUGUUUAUUUUUUGCAUUAGAAGUUGAGGAUGUUAUUGUUGAAUAUUGACAACGUUUUCAUACCAGUAGACUCCUCCACAGUCAAGUGCUGCAGUUGUAUUGCAAUGCUUUCUUAGAGAAACUGUUUUUUUACUAGUUUAUAUUAGGAAUUGUAUAAUUUAUAUUGUAAUGUUCCAAUUGCUCCUUAAGAUCUAGGCUGAAACUGAUUGGCAGUGGUCAUUAUUAUAAAUAUUUAGUGCAAAGCAGAUGCAUUACAAUAGGCACAUUAUAAAUUUCUGCUGAACUAGCUGAGGUUUGGGUGUAAUGAAUCAUAAUUAUACUAGUAAGUCAUUAGUUAUGGAAAUACAAGAGGAAACUUGAGUCUAAAAAGUUAAGUUUCUAUAAAUAAGAUAAAUUGUAUGUAAUUUACAUGGGAUAUUUUUUGUUGGUUUGAAAUUGAGGAUGACCAAUAUAUUUAUAUACCAAUAUAUGAGUAACUCAGGGGAUCCCAUCAAUUUAAUGUUCUGUAGAGUGUAUUAUUGGAAGACACUGGUACUUGCAUGGUAUUAGUCCCACCCAAAACUAGCAUUUGCUCAUUCAUAGCACUCUGUAGGAACUAUUGCUGCUUUAGCAAUAGACAAAGCAACUUGCACCAAACCUUGUACUCCUCAAGUCAAUAAGCAUCUUAAUUCCCUGAAGAUUAGACCUGAAGGUGGGAUACUGAAAGGUGAAUCAUCUCAAUAUGAGUUAGUUUUCACUUCAUGACUCAGCAACUGUAUUUCAAUCUUAUUUAUUUUUAGUUAAUUUUAUUGGUUUCAGUCUUGUGAUUGGAACACUAAACCCAAUGUUGGCUUGGUGACCACAGCUGUUGUGGUUUUGUGGUAUGGUGUGUGAUGAAUGAAGAUUAUAUAUUGUACAGUAAACUGGUGGAUUUCUUUCAAUGCAGGCCUUGUGUUGGUUGUUGGAAGUAAGUCAGUAGCAUGUUUUUGUAUUUGAAGUGGUUCAAACAAUAAUUUAUUUCUUGUAGCUAAAACAUAUCUACAUGAUAACAAUCUCAGAUGAUUCAAUCAUCAGCUGAUUUUGAUUUUUAAAUUUUCAUUUAAUAUUUUGGGUUCGACUUGUGAACCUUACCUAGUGUUCUUGUGUGAGAUUUAUAUUCUCACAAAAAUUAGGGAGGCAUCUUAAGUCAUGGUUUUAUGUAUGAUUUUUAGCUCAUAAAUUAGUUUAAAUUAGUAUUUUGCAUUUGCUGAAGUUUUUAGGUAAUAGAGAUGUGCCUGUACUAGCCAAGAGAGCCUGUGGAGCUGACUGCAGGGGUGCUGAGGCAGCAUCAGGUGAAGGCUUAAAUUGCUGAUUUUACUUAUUUCUUGUCAACAUUUGAAUGCCUGCUUCAUUUGUGACAUUGUUAUUUGUUUAGCAUUGCGUGAUGAGAGACCCUAGACUUGGGUUGCCAUGAGGUCCUACCACUGAGAAAAGACCUGUUUGUGAGUUUCUUUUCUUUUAUUUUGCUUAAUGUGUACAGUGUGUACAAACUUUGGGCCAGUUGUUCAUGUUCAUACUUAUGAAAGGUGCACUCCAUGUCCCUGAAGUGUUAAACCAAAAACCAGUGACGUCACUGAAGCGGUGCAGGUGGUGUGCAUUUCUGCGGCACUGUGAGCAGACCAAGUUGUCUUGUAGUGCCAGUAGUGACUAGCCACCUCCUUGCAGUGCUAUAGUGAGUGAAAUGGUGCUGUUCUAACUGCUUUAUUACGAUAGGUAAAUUGUGUUCACGAUUCACACUGUAAAAGCAGGAUGGUCAUCAAAUUUUGCUCUCUUUAUCACUUUCUCUGUUGGUAGCUGUUCCAGUCUACAGGACCUUGUGAAACACAGCUGCUCUUCUUUUUCCCACAUCACAGCUGGAAGUUUGCAAAUUUAUCACAUUAUGCUCUUAUUUAUCUCGGAACAUGGUUGUGUUUUACUUUCAUAUUGUGAUCCCAGAAAGACAGAUGAGGGAUAGCAAUAGAGACAGAACAGAGCUCGAGUGGUUGGUCAGUGUGUGAGUCACUCUUUUGGCCGCAAAUGGGGAAGGGACUCAACUCUGCCAUUGUCACUGCAAUAAGCUGUAUAGAGUUACUAGGGUGGCGAGGUGUCAGAGCUGAGUCGAGGUGACCCCAGGAGACCAUGUACAAAGGUAGUACAAAUUUGUUUGGGUCUCUGGUCCUCAUCAGCCUUCUCAUACCCCGUGGAUCCCAAGCUGUUCUUUCAUUUCUUUCACACCCACUUACCACAGCCGGUGAAGGAAGAGAAGUGUUGGAUUGCUUUUCUGUCUGUGUGUAGGAUUCCAGACAGGAUUUUACUCUGUAUAUUGAGACUUUAUUUUGGAACCAUUGUAGAAUGUUUGCAUCACUAGAGAUAAAAUUAUUGUUCCAUGUAAA